GGCCGUGACAGGCGAAGUUGCAAGUUACUGGAUCGAAUGUGUUACAUCUAAAUAAGUCCCCUACAGUCUUGUUCGACAGCGCACACAUACGGUGUACACAUCAGUUAAAACGUUUAGCAGUUUCGAUCAGCGUAUUAUUUCUGGUGUGACUGCGGUGGAGAGACAUGCAGAAGCAAAUGUCUGCAGGGAAAGUUCCACUUCUUCCUUUCCCGUCUCUACGCCUCAUGGUCCCCCCACUACGACUGGUCUCCGCGGCCAUCUGGCAAACAGUCCAGCAUAGACAUGUGAUGGAUUAUGGGAUGCUGGAGGAAUUUGUUACUAUGGUCACAGAGAUGGUUCCAGAGCUUUUGAGCCUCAGACAGAGGGCCCAACUCAUUCUGGGUCUUCGAGCACGGCUGGUCCUGGAGUUGUGUCACUCUAAACCAGUAACAGACCUCAAGACCAUUCAGCCACACCUAGACAGGAUACAGACCCUCACACCUCUCUGGGGAACACAGACUGACGAGGGCGAUUUAUCAGAAUCCAACUUUCUGAGGCUGAUCCAAACCCUUCUGAACGACCCAUAUGAGAUGGAUCAUUUCUUCAAGGAUGUUUUUCCUGUGGAAUUUGGUUCCAAGUAUGAUGAUGCGAUAGAAAAACUAAUGUAUCAGUUUCUUUCAAGACUUGAACAGUUACUUCCUGUAUCAAGUUUUCAACAGGCUGCCUCUCUACUCAGUGAUGUCCCCUCUGUUCUGGAGGAAUGUCUUGAAUCAGUGUCUCACCCUCAGCAGCUGAAAACCCUGCUUCAGUACCACAGAGACCUCAACCUGCUGGACAGUCAUGAUGCUCCAUAUUCCGAUGGGGACCGCAUUCUCUCAGCACUCUGUCUUCCCCCAGUAGAAAGGGUGGUGGUAGCAGCAGAACAGACAGAAGAACAGGGAUCAUCCAUGAAUGUUUACAUGGAUACAUUCUCCAAAGAGCUGGAGGUGGAAUCUGCAACACAGACAGAGUACACAGAGGAGCAAUCUGGGUCAAGUGUCAUUGUGAUAGAAAGAACAGAGAAGAUGGAAUGUGAGAUUAACAAUAAACAGUCUGUGGAGUUUGCUGACCCUGAUGGACAUGAGGACAUGGAGGCUAGUACUGGUAAUGUUGAAGCAAGUUAUGUGGGGAUUGAAACCAUAAAAGACGAGACAGAAUGUGUUUUUUCAGAGGUAGACCCCAGGUAUAAAACAGUGAUGGUUAUAGGGGAAGAUGGAGUAGCACAGCCUUUUGAUGUUUUGACCAUUGAAAAGCCAAAUAUAAAGACCCAAAAAGCCAGUGGACGUCACCGAGAUCAAAUGAAAAGCAUAGAUGUGUCUGAUAUGAUCAUAUCUUCCAUGCUUCACAAGCCUUCUACAGAUGUAAAAGAGAUUGAUGGCGCUAACCUUACGUUGCCCUCUAGACCACUUAGACAAAACAGGGGGCGUAAGAUGAAGAUGUUGCUGGCUCAAGAACGGAGACAAACCAAAACAGAAUUUUCAGAAGAAAAGACAUUGAACAAAUGUCCAAUUUGUGGAAAGACUUUCAGUCGAGGUGCAGACAUGAAACGGCACCAGAAAAUUCACACAGGGGAACGCCCAUUUCAGUGUGUCCAGUGUAGGAAAUGCUUUCAGUACCAUUUCGAUUUGACAAGACACCAGCAAAAUGUUUGUAAGGUGCUUUUGUCUGAUCCUAAAGGUGCAACAUCCAAGCAGCUUGAAUGCAAAGAUGAGAGAGUUCUGAAUGAGGCUGAGGACCCAAAAAGCUUGGAGAAAAGGCUAGGCAAAUCUCCAGUUAGUGAUGAGGACUCUAAAAUACUCAACAAAACAGUCCAGAAACCUGAGGUAGGAAACACAGAACCGUCCAGUGGAACCCUACAGGAAGUAACACCUGAGCACAGUGACUCAUCCUGCAAUACACAUCAGGACUCGUCUAAUGACCCACCUGCCACCAAGACCAGCCAGACCAAAACACACAAAGAAUCCAAAGUGUGCUUCAUUUGCAAAAAAUGUUUGCCAAAAUCUUACAGCAUGAAAGUUCACAUGAGAUCUCACUCGGAUAUUCGCCCACACACGUGUCCUCAUUGUGGGCAGAUGUUCAAGAACCUCUAUGAUAUGAGGAAGCACAUUGUAAAGACUGUAUGCAAGGUGCUGCGAGCCGACCCUGAAAAAGCCCAGGAACAUGCAGUAGUCCUCAGCCCUUUCCACUGCACUGAGUGCAGUAGGGUUUUCACGGACCCAGAAAAACUGGACAGGCAUAAGCUUGUCCACAAGCCUUUGAAAUGCAGCAUGUGUGAAAGCAGGUUAAAUGGGGUCAAGCUCCUCAAGAAACACUACAUGGAUAUCCAUGAAUUCAAUGGGCCCUUCGUCUGCACCUUCUGUGAGAAAAGCUACACAGAUUUAGCAGCUCUCAUCAGACACGAGAGGAUUCACACCGGGGAUCUUCCAUACCAGUGCUCCUACUGUCCACGGAAGUUCAACAUAUCAGCGGUUCUCGUCGAACACGAGAGAAUACACACAGGAGAGAAAAGGUGCCUUUGCUGGGAGUGUGGAAAGGGGUUUAUUAGCAAUGCAAAACUGAAAAUGCACAUGCUAAGUGUUCACAGCAAACCAGAUGAUAAGCGCUUCUUCUGCUCCCAGUGUGACAAAUCUUACGCAUUACAAAGAACAUUACAGUGCCAUGUGGCGAGACAUCACUCUGGAGUGCGUUUCCCGUGCACAUACUGCGGUAAGCUGUUCCUGAGCAUGUCCUCGUUGACCAGGCAUGAUCUGAUUCACACGCAGGAGAGGCCUUUUAAAUGCACACAGUCAGAGUGUGGCAAGAGUUUCAAAUCCAAAUCUGAAGUGAAGGUACACAUGAGAUACCACACUGGAGAGCGGCCAUUUAAGUGCAAGGACUGUGGGAAGGGUUUUACUCAAAACUGUUAUCUCACUCAGCACAUGCGGACUCACACUGGGGAGAAACCGUACCCUUGUUCUGUCUGUGGGAGAAAGUUUGAUGACUCUAGGAAACGGAAAAGACACAUGAUGAUUCACACUGGAGAGAAGCCCCAUAAAUGUUUGAAAUGUGAAAAGGCUUUUAGUCGGGCACACCUUUUGAAAGCACAUGACAGAAAAGAACACUGUGUUUAAAGGGAAAAACAUUUGCUUGUAAUUGCCAUUGCAAUUAAAAAAAAAUUAAUGAAAGUUCUAAGCUUUUACUGGAUCUUAAAUAAUCAAAUGUUGUUUGCUGUCUAAAAAUGAAUCAUCUCAAAACAAAUAGCAUUAUAGCAAAUAGCAUUAUUGGAAAUACAUGCAAGUUAUAAACACUGUGAUGCAACAAUUCUGAUGAUAAUUCUGGUUGGUUUUUUUUAAAUAAAGAUUUAUAAAAAUAUAUAAUGUGAAAAAGUAUUACACAUCUAGGAAGAUUAAGCGAACUACUCCAGAGACUGGCAAUUGUUGGUGACUACCAGGUCUACAAAACACCAUUCAUCAUAAAUAGCAGCUC